GCUCGCGAUCCAUGAGCCUUCUGGCUCGGACGGAUCUUACGAGCUCGGUACGAAGCUUGUAACACAUACAUACAUACGAUCUUGGCACAGAGUUCUGAUAAUAUCUUGCAAUUAGACAGUCAACGGAGAGGGUAUGUAAAGAUACUGCUUACUUAAAAGUCACAUUUCAACGGCAAAAAGACUUUGGCCCCAGGAAUUUAGCUUGCCAACAAGUUACCUUUACCACGGUGGUUUGGCUGUAAAUGGCUGAAGUGGAGGAUGAAGUUAGUGACGACGAGGAUAAUGCCGUUGCGCUGGAUUAUGAAUUUGAGCGCAAUGCUACCACAAAUGAAAUCGAGGCCUUCCACAUCCAGAACAGCUUUGUGAAUGCCGAUCACCCCAGCGUAGUGCGCCGCUACUCCACAGUUAUGGUGCAAGCCGACCCAGGAACCCCAAAGUUUGUGGGCUACAUCCGAAACGUACGUCACCAGAGGCCCUGUACGGCAACUCGGCAAUUCGUGGAAACCGAGGACGAUGUCCUGGCGGAGCUCUGCUGGUUCUACCGCACGCACGACGUGCGGGAUGCGGGAGUGGCGCUGCCCAAGGAUACGUUGGUGCGGCGGGCGAGGCUGAGCGGCGUGAAGGGUGGUGGUGACAGGGGGACGUUCAAAGAGCUCUUCUUCUCCAACCACAAGGACACCGUGUCGCUGGUAUCCAUCAUGCACACCGUCAAGGUGUGGUGCCUGCCAGACGACGACCUCUCCCCCGUCCUCAUCACACCACCACCGCCGUCUCAGCAGCAGCAGCAAGACCUCCCUCCUGCUACCUCUACCUCUACCGCUUCGGCCGAUGCCGCCGCGGCUGCUGACGCCCCAACAGCCGCUGCUGCAACAGCCGCUGCUGCACGCGGUACGACAACGGCGCUGCUGCCGGGGUUCGUGUGUCGGCGGUUCUACCACGUGCAGCAGAAGAAGAUGACGCCGCUGGGACGGGUGGCUGCAGCAGCAGGGGGCGGCGGAGGUGGAGGAGGCGGUGGAGGGGUGGAGCGAUGGCUGGCGGAGGAC